ACACUGAAUCGUCAUUCAGCAUGUCGUUUUGAAGCGGUGACUCUUCCAAGGUUGACGUUAAAUUUCUCUCUCUCUCUCUCUCCCUCUCCCUCUCCCUCGGUGAGAAGACCGAAGAAUACCCUGGUAGAAGAGCUCCAAUACAAUGCCUUACGUCGAGAGAGGUGUUGUGAAAUCCAAGAGAUCAAUAUGGAGGUUGAGAACACUUGCUGAUUUCUUCUGGGCCAUUGUUAACAUCAUUGGCGUGUAUUUUGCAACAAUGUUUUCAGAGGAAAAAUCAGAUACUUAUAGAAAAGGCAAGGCUUCAGGCAAGAAAUGGGAUGGUGGGGGUCCAGGAGGUCCUGGAAGUGGUCCAUCUGGCGGUGGUCCGCGUGGUCCAGCUCGUGGAUUAGACAAUGUUCGAGGAAUUGAUCACAGUUCCGUUCCUGCCUGUGGUUCCUGCUGUGGCUGAAGGGCUGGAGAUAUCUCUUUCGAUUUGUAAUGGUGUCUUGAAUGCUUGGUACCAAUUUAUGCUAUUCUAGAUUUUAUAUGGUCCUAUGAAUGUUAUUACUAUUAGAGCCUUUACGAGGAUAUGAAGCAUACGUAUAAAAAAAGAAAAGCAAGACUAAACUCUUCUAAUAACAAUGGAAGUCUUGUACAUGUAUCUGGUGUUAUCUAGUCAUUCGCUUGUGCUUUUUUAUGUGUUAAUUAUCUAGUCUCUCAAUGUCAGAAAUUCGGAAACAGAAAUAUUUUGAUUGUUUUCAUGGA